AGAACCAAAUCCCAAAUCAGUAAAGCCAGAAAAUGAAAGGCGGCACGGUCCAGAUCAACUGGCACGACUCCAAGCCCGUCCUAACCCUAGACUUCCACCCCAAUUCCGGCAUUCUCGCCACCGGCGGCGCCGAAUACGACAUCAAGCUUUGGUUGAUCAAUUCCGGCGAGAAGCUCCCCUCAGUGUCGUAUCAUAAUAGCCUUUCGUACCAUAGUUCGGCUGUGAAUGUCCUUCGAUUCUCCCCUUCUGGAGAACAACUUGCCUCUGGUGCAGAUGGAGGCGAGCUGAUUAUAUGGAAGUUGCAUGCAACCGAAAAUAGUCAAACGUGGAAGGUCUUUAAGUCAUUAUCGUUUCAUCGGAAAGACGUGCUGGACCUCGAGUGGUCCACUGAUGGUUUAUUUCUCAUAUCCGGUUCAGUCGAUAAUUCAUGCAUCAUAUGGGAUGCUAACAAAGGCUCUGUCCAUCAGAUUUUGGACUCCCAUUUCCAUUAUGUUCAAGGUGUGGCCUGGGACCCAUUGGCCAAGUAUGUUGCCUCCCUAAGUUCAGAUAGAACCUGUCGCAUUUAUCUUAAAAAAGCUCAAACAAAAACCAAAGGGACCGGUAAGACAAAUUAUGUUUGUCAACAUGUUAUUUCAAAGGCUGAAAACCCAUCAGAUGAUUCUAAGUCUGUGAAAAAUCAUCUCUUUCACGAUGAAACGCUGCCAUCUUUCUUCCGGAGAUUAGCAUGGUCACCCGAUGGGUCAUUUUUACUUGUUCCAGCAGGAUCGUACAAAGUACCACCUGCAACGGAAACAAUAAAUACUGCUUAUGUAUUUUCAAGAAAGGACCUUUCAAGGCCUGCUUUACAGCUCCCUUGUGCCAACAAAGCAAUAGUGGCAGUUCGAUUCUGCCCUUUGACUUUUACACUGCGGGGAACAAAUCCAUUGGGUUUCUUCAAGCUUCCCCAUCGUAUAGUUUUUACCGUUGCCACUUUAGAUUCUCUCUACAUUUAUGACACAGAGAGUGUUAGUCCAAUUGCAAUUUUGGCGGGUCUUCAUUAUGCAGCCAUAACAGACAUUACAUGGUCACCUGAUGGCCAUUAUCUCGCAUUUUCUUCCCAAGAUGGUUACUGCACUUUGGUGGAAUUUGAAAAUGAUGAACUGGGAUCACCCAUCUGCUUGCCAGAAGAGAAAAAAGUCAUUGGUGAUGAGGAUAAUAGCUCGUUGAAAAACCCAGAGAGCAUGUUAAUCGAAGCUACUACAGAAAACAGUCUCGCCGCUACUAAAGCCAUUAAUGAAGUGAACAAAAUCUCAGUUAAGAAGGCAGACGAUAUGGUAAUAGACACUGCUCCAAAUAAAAGUCUAGAUGCAGUUGAUAAUGAAAUAUCAGAAGCAGAAAGCAAUAAACAUUUAGAAGCAGAAAAGGAAGUUAUAGGUGAUGACAGAAGCAAAGUUGAGAAGCCAGACGAUAUGGUAAUUGACGCUGCCGCAAAUGAUAGUAUUGCAGCCAAUAUUAAAAUAUCAGAAAUAGAAAGAAAAGAAAAGAAAGUCAUGGAUGAUGACAGCAGCACAGUUAAGAAGCCAGUGGACAUGGUAAGUGAAGCUUCCGCAAAUGAUGAUCUUGUAGCAGUAAACGCUGGCAAAACAGAAUCACCGAGUGCAGUGACGAUUCUUGCUGUAAAUAAGCCUGCUAAAAGGCGCAUUGCACCCAUGGCUAUUGACCCGUGAUAGCCACCACUCUCACCUCUGUAAAUUCUCCAGUCAAUAUUGUACUGUUUUAUCUACUGGAUGCUGAUUUCUGGUUUUUUUUCCCACUGAUGCCAUUGUGGAUUCAGUCGUGUAUUAGUUAGUGAAGCCAGAAAUGAUACGACUCCCUUGAAAAUGUUUAA